CUAAAGGGUUUAAACUGGUAUUAUUGGCCAACAGAUUGUAGUCUGAAUUGGUGGAAAUCUUGGUUGAUAAUUUUAUAAUAAGCUCGAAUAUUCACAUGAUUGUUUCUGAUGAAUCGUAUUUGCCUUUUGGCAUAGCUGGACAGAAGUGGACUGUAAAUAUCACUUUGACGUUGAUUAUUUCCUUGCUAUUGGUUAUUUGUUGAGAUGUCUUGUUUUUUGCGGCUAGAUUUGAAUAUUAAUCAAAUUAAUGACUAGAAAAUUUAUUUAUGAAUAAUUAUGGGCGACAGAAAUGGUUGAACGAGCAAAUUCAAGGUACUGAGUUUGAAGUCGUGAAGAUACUGAGUUUCAAUAAAAAUAUUGUUGUUUAUUAUUUAUCAGUAAAUCAAGAUGAUUCAAAUUAUGGUAAUUAUGGUGAUUGGUAAAUGAUGUAUAGUUUACUCAUUUAAACUGAUUGGCAGUUGGAAAGUUGACUCUAGAUGAUUUAGAAGCGGGUUUGAAAAGAUCCUCCCAGUGAGUUAACCUUGCGCUGCCAAUACUGAUGAAUGUUGAAAAAUCAUUCAUUCGUGUGCUGUAAUAUUGAGUAACUUGAAUCAUAAAAUAGCCCAUAAGAUGGGUCAAACCAGAAAAGGCGGACUCGUGAUGGUAAAGUUGUAUUUUUAUGAUUUAAAUGAAGAGAUAGGAGGAGAAAGCCAAGAAGACUAAAAACCCGGAAAUUUAUAGCCAAGAAUCAUUCAUUUUAAGCGACGCUCAGUUCACCAUUAAGGUCGACCUGUUAUUUUUAACCGACUUUAAAUAUCCAGCAAUUGAAUCCAAUUUAAUCAUUUAAUCACAAGUGUCUUGUUAAUCUCAGUUUAUUUUCACAAUUGUAAUCAAAAUGGUAACUGAAAAGUCAAUUUUAUCGUCCAAUUUUACCAAUAAGUUAUCUCCAUCAGUCAAGGAAAAAGUAAAUGAGGAAAUCAAAAGAUGCUCAUCAACAGCCGAACCAGCGGUUGAAAGUGCCAAAUGUAAAUCAAAUGAGGAAAAAUUGUAUCAAGAAUCGUUGGCUCUUUACAAAAAGCUAAAACAAGAAGGAUAUUAUAUUCAUGGCGAUAAUGGAUCAGAUGGAAAUGUUAAACCCAAAUGGUUUGACCAAAAGUUGUUUGAUUUGGGUAAACAUUUGGGACAAAAGUAUUUCUUCUCGUGCUUUUUCGGCCACUUGUGCGGUGUCUACAUCUUAGUUCAAAUCCCAUCCAUUUAUGAAACUUUACUGACAACAGGCAAUUCCCGAACCAUUUCAACAUUAUUUAAACGUUAUCUGUCAACACUUAAUCACGUUAAAUCUUGGUAUGAUGGUGAUGUUUGGGAUCCUAAAAGUCCAGCCUAUGAAUCGGUCGCAGCUGUCCGUAAGAUUCACAAAUUAGUUUCCAAGCGAGUCAAUGAAGGAAGAAAGGAAGGAGUUGAUAAGGUUGCGAUAUCACAGUUUGAUAUGUUUCUGACUUUGUGGGGUUUUGUUGGAAACACUUAUUUACAUCCAAAAGAAACUGGAUUUCCAGAUGAACCAGGGAAUAUGAAAGCUUGGCUUCAUUUUUGGAGAGUUAUUGGCUAUUUGAUGGGAGUCGAUGACAAGUAUAACAUAUGUGAUGAUGAUGAUAUGGAUCGGACUGGUUCCAUGAUGCAAGUUGUUUGGGAUCAAGAGUAUAAACCAUUGUUGAUCAAUAGGGAUCCAAGUGUAGAGAAGGGCAAAAUUAUGUGUGAUUCAAUUAUUGAAUCAAUGAGAGCCAUUUUACCGAUCCUUUCAACUCCAGGUUUCAUUAAAUAUUUUCAUGAAAUGCAUUGCGUUGAAUCACCGGUAGAGCUUGAAACAGUUGGUGCCAAAAUGGGUCAUCGUGUUUUAAAAUUGACAAUGUCAAAGUUGCUUCCAUCGACAAUUGGUGAGGCAAUUUUUAAUCUACUCUUGAUUAGAUCAGUUAACCGGUGUAAUGCCAAUGUUGCCAAAAUUCAGAAAAAUCUUGAAGGCAAAGGGCCGAUAAAUGAAGCAGAUUCAAAUUUUACAAGUGAUUCAGUCAACACCAAUAUGAACGAUACUCCAUCCAAUCUUGAUCCAAUUUCAAGUGAUUGUUAAACUCAAUUUUUUGUUACUCGUUUUACCACUUUCCUUUCUUGUUUACCAGACUUACAUUUAUAUUUGUAUAUUUAUUAAACUAUUUGAUGGUUAAAAAUCAUUGAAUUUGAUAUUAAACUUUAAAAAUUUAAACAAGGUUAA